AUGGAAUCUCUUCCAACAGAGCUAUUGACCACAUGCUUCGCAUACCUUGAGCCCCAUGAUUUGAUGAAUGUCUUAUCUGUGUCAAGGACACUGCGUAGCGCGGCAUCUCAUGAUGCGCUAUGGCGGUCUCAUUGUGAACAUGUCUACAAUAAGGGCUCGCAAGACAUUCUCGGCUGGCGCCCCGUUGAAAGUUUCAUCGGACUCAAGUGUCACUUGGUUUGGCGAAGGCUCGCCAUUUUAGAGCCUUAUCUUGGCUGGUGGAUGUCUAUCGACGAACUCCCAGCUGGCAGUGUUAUGAGAAUAUGGGUUGAUGGACUCACACUUGUUGUUUCCUCUGUUUUACCAGCAGCGACAGCACCCUCAACUUCAAUUCCCGAAACUCUCGCUCUCACCAACACGAUGGAUUACAUUGUUGCACUGACCGUUCGAAGAGGGCUUGCGAGCCCUCUAUAUAUUGAUGCUCAGAAUGUCUGCCUAGACCAGUGGUCAGCUAAACAGUCAGUACAGUGGCUUCAGGAGGGUCCUUCCAGGAUUAUGCACCAGCCUCAUCGAAUACAAAACUUUUAUGUUUCAAACAAAUUCAAGGCAAAUUCCCCAUCUCAGCAGCAGCCUUUGAAAUGGACAUUCCGCAACUCACCUAGUCUUGUCAAUGCAAUAACACAUGAAGAUAUAGUUUAUGACGAAGAAGGCUAUGCUAUCGUCAAGUCUGUCCCGACCCUUUCGUUCCCUAGGGUCAAUCCCCGCGGCCUUUCGUUGGUAUCCCUUCACCAUUCGAAGAAUCUGACUCUUCAACUCUUAUCGCCGGUGGGGCGUGGAUCGCGUCCUACGGAGAAGUUCAUGGCUGUGAAUUCUUACACAUACACGCGCGAAGAAUUAAUGAGCAUGAUUUAA